AUGGCUAUGACACUGGGAAGGUCCUCAAUUUUUAUAGCACUUGUAGUUUUAGGAGUGUGGGCUUCUCAAGCCACGUGCCGCACAUUGAAUGAAGUUUCCAUGUCAGAGAGACAUGAGCAAUGGAUGGCUCGCUAUGGGCGCACGUACGAGAACAAUGCUGAGAAGGAAAGGCGUUUUAAGAUAUUCAAGGACAAUGUGGAGUUCAUUGAGAAUUUUAACAAUGCUGGCAAUCGGCCUUACAAGCUAAGUGUCAAUGAAUAUGCAGACCAAACCAAUGAAGAAUUCCGAGCCUCUCGCAAUGGAUACAAAAGAUCCUCCAAUUCCAAGUCAUCUCAAACAUCGUUUAGAUACGAAGAUGUGAGUGCAGUUCCAUCCAGCAUAGAUUGGAGGAAGAAAGGAGCUGUCACCCCCAUCAAGGACCAGGGUCAAUGUGGAUGUUGCUGGGCAUUUUCCGCAGUGGCAGCCACAGAAGGAAUUACACAGCUGAAAACUGGGAAAUUGAUAUCUCUUUCUGAGCAAGAAUUCGUGGACUGCGACACCAGCGGUGAAGAUCAAGGUUGCGAGGGGGGUCUCAUGGACGACGCUUUUGAGUUUAUCAUUCAAAACAAAGGACUUGCCACAGAAGCAAACUAUCCUUACAAAGGAGUUGAUGGUACUUGUAACACCAAUAAAGAGGCUUCCCAUGCCGCCAAAAUCACCGGCUAUGAAGAUGUUCCUGCAAAUAGCGAGAAGGCAUUGUUAAAGGCGGUGGCUAAUCAACCAGUCUCUGUUGCAAUCGAUGCCAGUGGAUCGGCCUUCCAGUUCUACUCGAGCGGGGUAUUCACUGGAGAAUGUGGAACAGCUCUGGAUCAUGGUGUGACAGCCGUUGGAUAUGGAAAGGCAGAUGAUGGAACGAAGUAUUGGUUGGUGAAGAAUUCAUGGGGCACUUCAUGGGGUGAGAAUGGAUACAUUAGAAUGCAGAGAGAUGUUGAUGCUAAUGAAGGUCUUUGUGGCAUUGCCAUGGAAGCUUCCUAUCCAACUGCUUGAAACUCUAUGGGUGGUGAAUAAUUAAUUUUCA